GUUCCUUUCUUUCACGCUCUUCUUGUGUUUUGCUUCGGUUACACUUUCUUCUUUCCAAUCUUUCUAAAUCUCUAUUAAUUCUUUCACUUCAAAAUAAAAACCCAUUUUUGCCUUCUCUACGUACAAUUAUACAAAUCAAGAAGAAGAUGGGAAACUGUCAAGCAGUGGAUACAGCGAGAGUAGUGAUACAACACCCAAAUGGGAAAGAAGAAAAGUUAAGUUGUCCAGUUUCUGCUAGUUAUGUGAUGAAGAUGAAUCCUGGUCACUGUGUUUCUCUUCUCAUCUCUACCACCGCUCUCUCGUCCGCGUCUUCCGGUCAUGGAGGCCCUCUUAGGCUCACGAGGAUCAAGCUCCUUCGUCCAACGGAUACGCUUGUUCUCGGUCACGUCUAUAGACUCAUUACCACUAAAGAGGUUAUGAAGGGUUUAAUGGCGAAAAAAUGUUCGAAGUUGAAGAAAGAAAGUAAAGGGUCGGAAGAUAAGCUAGAGAUGGUGAAAGCAAUUAACUCUACUAAGCUUGACAAUACAGAUCAGCUGCAACUGAAGAAGCAAGAGAAAGAAAGGUCAAGAAUCUCAAGAUCAUGGCAGCCCUCUUUACAAAGCAUUUCAGAAGGAGGGUCUAGCUGAGCAAAUUCUAAAACUUUGGGGAAUAUUAAAGAGAAGCUUCGGAGUUUAAGGAUCUAGUUUGGAAAAUAGAAAGGCAUGUUAGUGGCUAAUGACAAAAGCUGGUCCUUUGGAGUUUGUGAUAUUAAAGUGAAAAAAAUUGA